AUGGGCAAGAGAGCCGCUCCAAAGGAGGAAGCCGCCGGUGCCAAGAAGAAAGCCAAGGGUGAGCAGCCCAAAGCGAAAGCGAAAGCAAAGGAUCCCCCAACUCCCAAAGCCAAGGGAAAGGCCAAGGCCGGAGCCAAGGCGGCCCUGGACACGGGAGCACCCGCCGCAGAAAGCGUUGAAGCGAAGCCCGAAGCGACUCCGAUGAAGGAAAACGAGCUUGAAGACAGCCUCGCCUUCAUGGAGGAGGGUGAAGAGGAAUUCCCAGACAUUUGUUUUGAGGAGGAAGGUGAUGAGGAGGAGAUGUUGUUAGAUGAUGAGCUGUUGGACCUGGAGUCCGAAGAAGACCUCGACCUCGAGGACGACGAGGAAGAGGUUGGGUUGCUUAUGCGAUUCAGCCCAGCGCUGGUCGUUUGUGGUCGCCAGGACGAUUCCGACCAGGAUGAUGUCGGUGAAGCUCCAGAAGACAUGUUGCCAGCCAGGAGUAGGCCCUUGGUUGCCAAAGUGGCACCUCCGCCAUGCCGAGCCGUCGGCCCCCGGAAGCGGCGGUACAUUGAGGAGUUACUUUCUCGGCUUGAGCACCCGCUUGCACUGGUUUCAUAUUUCCUCCUGCAGGAAUACGUGAACCCAGUGCUUCAGGAGAUGGUCAUGAGCCUCCUGAAGGAAUGUCCUCGAGAUCCGGAGCGAUUCAUGCUGAGGUGGCUCCUCGAGCAGGAGACUUUCGACCGCUGCGGUAUCAACUCGCUGGAGGAUGCAGCAAGAGAGCAGGAAGAGAUCAAUGCUCUGCGUCAACAGGUCGCAGAGCUGAAGCGGCAACGGGCUCAGAUGAAGGCACGUCUGGCCAACGUUGUCGCAGAGGAGCGCAAGAAGCGUGGCUUGCCAACACCGCCAACACUGGACACCAAAACAGUGAAGAAGAUCAAAAACUGCAUUCUUCGAGCUGCGUAUGCUGGAUGGAGUGGCGUCGAUCUCGCCCUUCUCUUCCGGCGACUAGACAAGGACCGCAGCGGCGAGCUGGAGAUUGAUGAGGUGAAGGCCGCCCUCCGACGCGUCCUGCGGAUUCCGCCCAGUGUAGUCCCGGACUAUCAGAUCCAGUCUUUCUGUGCGAUCAUGGAUACAGACUUCUCUGGAGCAGUGGACAUCGAGGAGCUUGUGGGUUUCAUACAGGGUGAAGGCUACGACACGUAG